AUGGCCAAGAUCGUAGAAGAGGAAGAGGAGGAUGAGGAGGACGAAGCAGCCGAAACCCUCGGCUCAAGCUGCGGCUGCGGCUGCUUCUUCUGUGCCAUGAAACAGCCGGACGCCCGGCUCCGCCGCGCCAGCGUCGCGGCCUUCUUCCGUGAGCUGCCAUACAGCAGCGAAGACAACGUCGGGGCGGCCGCCGCCGUGUGGCGCGCGGCCAUGGACGCGCCCGACGACCCGGAGCUCCCUUCGCUGGGCGCCAUCCGGUGCGUGUCCCUACUCCUUGCGCGCGCGCUCGCCGACAAUGAUCGGCAGGGCCAGAGCGCGAGCGGCGCUGCUGUGGCGUACUACGCGGCGCACGCCAUCGGUUCCUACACGAUCCGCUCCUCGGCGCACGCCGAGCUGGCCGUGUCCGCCGGCGCCGUGCGGCCCUUGCUGGCGCUCCUGGGAGGCGCCAUGACGUGGGUCGAGCAGCGCGCCGCGGCGCGCGCCCUGGGUCACCUGGCCAGCCACGACGCCACGUUCCCUGCCGUGGCGUGCCACGCCGCCGAGGCCGUGCCGCUCGCCGUGCGCGCCGCGUCCACGUGCGUCGCCGACGUGUACGCCAGCUACGUCUCCCUGGAACCAAGCCAGCGGCCCAGGUACCAGCGCGAGCUCCUCCUGAUGCGCGGGCCCGGGGCCGAGGAGCGGAAGGCCGAGGAAUGGGCGAGCCAGCUCCAAUGCUGGUCGAUCUACUUCCUCAGCACCCUGGCCUCGAGGGACGCGUCAUCUCAUGCCGCGAUAUGCCAUGACCAGGCUCACCCAUCCUUCCUGCGGGAGCUCCCCCGGAUGUGGGGCGGGCUAGCCAACGGCGACUCCCCUGCCGGCGUCGGGCUGCUCCGGAUCCUCUGCAGGAGCUCCCUCGGCCGCCGCGCCGUCGUGGCGUGCCCCGACGCGCUCUCCGGCCUCUGCGACCUCGCACGGUCCUCCGACGACUGGCAGUACAUGGCCAUCGACUGCCUGCUGCUCCUCCUGGGCGACCGCGACACGUGGCACGCGGCCGCUGACGCGGCAGCCCCGCGGCUCGUCGACCUGGCCGAGCUCCGGCGUCUCGGGCCCAGGCCACGGCUCGGCGACGCCAUAACGAGAGCGCUGCUUCGUCUCGACGAUGACGACGAUCAUGUGGUACUCCGUGGUGAGGAUCUGGGCACAGAAGCGAAGGAAGCGCUCGCUUACCUAACGGAGAUGAAGAUAUCGAGGAAGGAGAGGGAAGAGGCGAUGUCUAGGGACGAGCUGAGGGAGAGAAAGCUUCUGGCCAAGGAGAAGAAGAGGCAAGGCAACGACACGUUCUGGCAAGGGGACGUGGAGGGGGCCAUGGAGCUGUACACGGAGGCUCUGGAGCUCUGCCCGCUCCGCGCGAGGCGGGAGCGGGUCGUGCUGCACAGCAACCGGGCCCAGUGCCGGCUGCUCGAUCGCGACCCGGGCGCGGCCGCGAGCGACGCGACGCGCGCGCUGGCGCUG